UGAACUUAUCAAUUUCAGGGUUUUCUGCUAGGUUUUGUCUCGGCCUCGGAUAAGUUUAGAUUUCGUCUGAAAACCGGAGGAAUAACGGAAAAAAGGAAAAAUGCGCUUUGGAGACUACCCAGCAGAAUACAACCCGAAAGUUCAUGGGCCGUACGAUCCAGCCCGAUACUACGGAAAGCCCGAUACACCAUUUAGUCAGGUGAAAUUGGGCGAACUGGCAUCAUGGGUUUCACGAAGAAACAAAUCACCUUCGGCCAUGAUGGGUGCUUUUAGUCGAGCUUACUGGAGAUGGCAGCACAAAUACAUUCAGCCGAAAAGGGCUGGCAUGGCUGGAUUAAUGCAUGUUGCAUGUGGUUCAAUGAUAAUAUUCUACUAUCUGAACUACGGUUCAAUCAAGGGAGAACGCAGAAUGCGUUACCACUAAAAUUACCAAGUAUAAUUAAAGAAACGAGCAGGCAAUUUAGGAAAAAACCAUCAUUUUAUUAUAGUUUUGGGAAAGUGAAUAAAAUAAAGUUUAAUUAAAACUC